AUGACUGAGUUUCUCAACUACAGGGUAGACUUGUUCCUCAAGGACGGCUCGAAGUCGUCGGGAACUAUUUCGGAGGUCAACAGCAACGAAAUCACGUUGUCGAAUGCCUUUCAGUCUUUUAAUCCUAGCAAACAAUUGGCCAACUUGAAUAUCAACAGUUCGCAAAUCGCUGACUUGAAGGUGGUUCAAUUGCCACCGGAUUUCUAUAAAAAGAAGAAGAAUGGCAAUGGAAACCUGAACAAUAAUGGAAACAAUAAUAAUAGCAUCACCACUAGCAGACUGAACACACCCAGAAUGAAAUCAGCUAAGGCUGCUCAAAAUAUUCAUCAUAGCUACCAGUCCUCGGCAGGCUCGAUUGCAGAUCCUGAUUGGGGAACUGGAAGCGAUGUUACCAACAUCAAACAGGAGGAGUUUGAUUUCGCUGCCAAUUUGGCUAUGUUUGACAAGAAGUCAGUAUUUGCUGAUUUCCAGAAGAAGGAUCAUGUCAAUCCGCACGAUAGACUUGUGGGCCACAACAAGGUAGACAAUGUUAACAAAAUCAAGAAAGAAAAGUACGACAACGACGAGAUGGUUCUUGAGGCCAAUAAAAGCGACAACUGGGACAAUAUCGGAAGCGCCUCUAAGCGAAUGCUGUUGGCUGACAGAACAGGAACUAGCUCUGCCAAUAUCUUCAAAGAUGCCCAUUUGGCUUCGACCCAGAACCUCAAACUUGUCCAUGCUGACAACUUGAGCACAAUCCCAUUAGCAUCACCUGUCCAACUUCUAGAGAUCGAGCGUUUGUCCGCGGAAAGUUACGGCAUUUCCCUGGCUGUAAUGGCAGAAGUGUGCGCUACCAACUUAUCUCUGUUGAUAGCCAAGAGUAUUUUGGGGGGAUCCACGAGACUCAGUAAUCGAAAGAACCACAAUUUGCCGCCUUUGGUGCUUUUGUUGAUCGGCAGUGCCCGUUGUGGAAGUAGAGCGUUUGCUACUGGACGUCAUUUAACCAACCAUGGUGUACGAGUCUUGGCGUUUUUGAUCAAUUCUGAUGAUCAGGACAAGGACUUGCUCCAGCAAUGGAAGUUGUUUGAGAACUGUGGUGGCAAAAUUAUCACUUCAAAUGUUCACGAAUUGCUUGAUAUAGUUAACCACCAGUUGGAAACACCUGUAGAGUUGAUCAUUGAUGCCUUACAAGGCUAUGAUGAUCAUUUGGAAGACGUGUUCUUCCAAGAUGAAGAUCAACAGGAAUUGCGCAGUCUUAUGAAAUGGUGUAACGAGCCUCAUCAACAAAACAAGAUCAUGUCGUUUGAUGUUCCGUCGGGCAUUGAUGGUGGUUCAGGGACUCUUCUGGACGACUCGUUAAAGUUGAACAGCAGAUGGUGUGUCUCGAUGGGCUUGCCUAUAACAGGAUUGAUCUUAGCAUACAAAAACGGUCACUUGGACUCUGGUGACGUCCAGCAUUACUUGAUCGACGUAGGUAUACCCAACAAGGUGUACAGCAGCAAGAGCAAUUUGCGAAAAUUUGACAAGUUUUGGUUCUCCGCCGAGUCGAGCAUCCGGUUGGAGUUGUCUAACGAGUAG